UGAGGACGUUACAGUUAUCUGAACAGGUAGUUUCUGUACAGGCUGGUGAAGCAAACAACCGUGCGUGACUGUGUGUACAGUCCGCGUAAUAAUCGCUGUUUACCAUAGUUCGAUAUAUAUAAAAAAUAAUUCAUUCACAGUUCUUCUUCUCUUUCGCUGAUAGCAAAAUGUAGAUCCAAGGUAACAUCGAUAAAAUAGUGCAAAUUAUUUAUAACGUUCAGUAUAAUGUUUAUGUUCUGUUAUCAGAUAUUACAAAAGAAUUACGACAGACUUUGUACUUUGCUCAAAUCUAUGCAAACUGUGUCUGGCUGUGGUUUUGAUGUUGUAUAAUUUGUUACAAUCGAGCAUUUGGAUACUGAUGAAUGAUGUCUGUGUGAGAAGUGUUUGGAUGAUAGGAUAGCCGCGUUUCAACCGAUAAGUGCCAUUAACAAUGAUUUGAAACCGUCGGACCUCGUCUUCCAAAAUGGCAAAAAAGCAUGCAUCGAACAAGAAAGAAGAUUUAACCAACGCACAAAUCGUAAUCACCAGCUUAGCCGCCGGAGCGGUUGCAGGUGCCAUUGCAAAAACUACCAUUGCUCCCUUGGAUCGAACUAAAAUCAAUUUCCAAGUCAAUCACAAACCGUACUCUACGAAAAAAGCGCUAAAGUUUCUGUUGCAUACCCUUAAGAAGGAAGGUCUUUUUGCGCUAUGGCGUGGCAACAGUGCGACGAUGGCCCGAAUUGUGCCUCACGCCGCUAUACAGUUCACCGCACACGAACAAUGGAAGAAAGUACUUAGGGUGGACCAAGGUGGGGGGGAAUCCCCCGGUAGAUUAUUUUUGGCUGGUUCGUUGGCUGGAGUGACUUCCCAGUCGCUGACGUACCCUUUAGAUUUAGCUAGAGCACGGAUGGCUGUGACGCACAAACGCGAAUAUGCCACCCUUCGGCAGGUUUUUACUAAAAUUUAUCACACAGAAGGAAUUAGGACGUUUUAUAAAGGUUAUAUACCUACGAUGAUGGGUGUUAUGCCGUAUGCUGGUGUGUCAUUUUUUAUAUACGAUACUCUCAAAAGAUUGUACAAAGAAUAUGUAGAUAUAAAUUGCACCUCACCGCCUCCUUGGGUACAGUUAUGCUUUGGCGCGGUGGCCGGAAUGGUUGGUCAGACUAGUAGCUACCCGUUAGACAUCGUUAGGCGAAGAAUGCAGACUGAUAUGGAGGGAAGAUACAAGUCGCUAGUCGGGACGCUUUCGUACGUUUAUAGGAGGGAAGGCCUAAUACGAGGACUAUACAAAGGGCUGUCGAUGAAUUGGAUCAAAGGGCCUAUUUGUGUAGGUAUAAGUUACGCGACGUACGACAAUGUCAGAGACUUCCUCCGCUCCCUUGUUAUCAAAUACAACGGAAAAGUGCUGCUCGAUAGCACAAGCUCAUAGAGCUAAUGGUACCUCUUAGAUAAUUGUGAAUAUUAAAACUAAUGUUGUGACAUUAUUCCAUUUGCAAGAAAAAGUACGCUCAGUUUCACAAGAGUUAUUAAUUUGUACUUAUUGUCGUCGACAGCUGUCAACUGACAACUGUCAAUUCUGUUUCACAAGAGUUAUUAAUUGGUACUUAUUGUCGCUGACAGCUGUCAACGGACAACUGACAAUUCUGUUUCACAAGAGUUUCAACUCUUAUUGUUAUAUGAAAAAUAGAUAAUUGCAGUUGUUCCGGAUGUCAUUCGAUACAAGACGUUCGUUGAAGUGUCAGUUGACAUAUUUGAUGUAGUUUUUUGACGUAUUUUUGAGUCAAUUUCGAGACAAUAAAAUGUAUCAAAUGGAAUCGUGUCACGGAACAUUUCGAGAAUGUAAUUUAACGUGUCAAUUGAAGAUAUUUCUUAAGAUGAUUUUUUAUUAAGCACGUUGAUUUUUAUGUAAUUAUUAUACAAAGAAAUAAAUUAUUUAUACAUUGUUGUGGA